AUGGCUGCUAUGCAGGAGUUCUUUAUGGCAGCAGGUCUCGGGGUUCCGUUUUCGAGUGAAGAGCUCUGGCCUUUCGUUUUCUUGCCAAAUAUCGUUUUCGUGCUACUUUCUGUGGGAUUGUUCGCAUUUGUGUAUGAAUCUCCUCAAUAUAUCAUGGAGAAGGAAGGGAACAGGGACAAGGCUCGCAAAGCUCUUGCUGCUUACCAUGGAGUUGCUGCCGACGACGCUGCAGUUGAGGCAGAACUCAGAAUUUGCGAAGAUGGUGUAAACAAGAAGAAGGGCAAAGCAGAAGGGGAAAACUGUGCUAUACAAGCAGAGCACGAUUCAAUCACUAUAAUUUUUAUGCCAUGGAAAGCAAAAGAUGCAACUUCUCAAGUAAUUCGACAAGCCGCUUGGCUUGGAGUAAUGGUAAAGAUCGCUUACGUCUUCACAGGCGCACGAUGCUUACGAGCAUUUAGCACUUUUGUACUUUACGAUCUGGGCGGAUGGAGUUUUAAAAGCGCUCUUUAUGGAUCCUUUAUCACCAGUCUUCUACGACUUCCUUUCACUCUUAUUCCGGUACUCCUGGUGGAUCGGCUUGGGCGACGACCGUUGAUAAUCUCAUCAACGGCCAUCUCAAUGCUUUCACUAUUCAUCAUGAUUGUUGCCAUCAACUUUGGACCGCAAUUUAAGUUAGCAACUCUUAUUGGACUCUCGCUGCUCCUCCUUAUAACAGCUUGUGGCAUCGGUUCAGUUUCGAGGUUCUAUGCUGCCGAAAUUGUGCCAAGAAACCUGCUCAUUUCUUCUGUCUCAAUCCUUACGAUGUUUGAAGCUUUGACUAAAAUUGCUGUAGAAUUUGCUUGGUACCCUAUAGCCAACAUUAUUGGCGCGCAAUCUCUUUUGAUGUUCCUUAUUCCUUCUGCGGUAUUUCUGGUGAUAAUGUGGGCGCUUUGUCCCGAAACAAGCAAAAGGACGGUGAACGAGGCAAGUUUCCCUUAA